AUGUCCCGCUGCCGUGCCCGCUACACUACGCCCCGCUACGCUCCAACCCACUACGCUCCAGCCCGCUACACUCCGCCCCGCUACACUCCACCCCGCUACGCUCCAGCCCGCUACACUCCGCCCCGCUACACUCCACCCCCCUACGCUCCACCCCCCUACGCUCCAACCCGCUACACUCCACCCUGCUACACUCCGCCCCGCUAUGCCCCAACCCACUACACUCCGCCCCGCUACACUCCACCGUGCUACGCUCCAACCCGCUACACUCCACCCCGCUACACUCCACCCUGCUACGCUCAAACCUGCUACACUCAAACCUGCUACACUCCACCCCGCUACACUCCACCCUGCUACACUCCAACCCACUAUACUCCACCCCACUACACUCCACCCCGCUACGCUCCAACCCGCUACACUCCACCCCGCUACACUCCACCCUGCUACACUCCGCCCCGCUAUGCUCCAACCCACUACACUCUGCCCCGCUACGCUCCAACCCACUACACUCCACCCCGCUACACUCCACCCUGCUACACUUCGCCCCGCUACGCUCCAACCCACUACACUCCGCCCCGCUACACUCCACCCCGCUACGCUCCAACCCGCUACACUUCGGCCCACUACGCUCCAACCCACUACACUCCGCCCCGCUACACUCCACCCUGCUACGCUCCAGCCCGCUACACUCCGCCCCGCUACACCCCGCCCAGCUACAACCCCGCCCUGCUACACCUCGCUACACCCCGCCCAGCUACAACCCAGCCCUGCUACACUCCGCCCCGCUACACCCCGCCCUGCUACACUCUGCCCUGCUACACCCCGCCCACUACAACCCCGCCCUGCUACACUCCACCCCGCUACACCCUGCCCAGCUACACCCCGCCCUGUAACACUCCGCCCCACUACACUUUGCCCUGCUACACUCCACCCUGCUACACUCCGCCAAGCUACACCCUGCCCUGCUACACUCCACCCUACUACACUCCGCCAAGCUACACCCCGCCCUUCCACCCUCAACCCUGCUACACCCCGCCCUGCUACACUCCACCCCGCUACACCCCGCCCCGCUACACACCACCCCGCUACACCCCGCCCGGCUACAACCCAGCCCUGCUACACUCCGCCCCGCUACACCCCGCCCUGCUACACUCCGCCCUGCUACACCACGCCCGGCUACAUCCCGCUACACCCCGCACAGCUACAACCCAGCCCUGCUACACUCCGCCCCGCUACACCCCGCCCAGCUACACCCCGCCCUGCUACACUCCACCCCACUACACUUUGCCCUGCUACACUCCACCCUGCUACACUCCGCCAAGCUACACCCCGCCCUGCUACACUCCACCCUGCUACACUCCGCCAAGCUACACCCUGCCCAGCUACACCCCGCCCUGUAACACUCCGCCCCACUACACUUUGCCCUGCUACACACCACCCUGCUACACUCCGCCAAGCUACACCCCGCCCUGCUACACUCCACCCUGCUACACUCCGCCAAGCUACAGCCCGCCCUGCUACACUCAACCCUGCUACACCCCGCCCUGCUACACUCCACCCCGCUACACCCCGCCCCGCUACACUCCACCCCGCUACACCCCGCCCGGCUACAACCCAGCCCUGCUACACUCCGCCCCGCUACACCCCGCCCUGCUACACUCCGCCCUGCUACACCACGCCCGGCUACACUCAACCCUGCUACACCCCGCCCUGCUACACUCCACCCCGCUACACCCCGCCCCGCUACACUCCACCCCGCUACACCCCGCCCGGCUACAACCCAGCCCUGCUACACUCCGCCCCGCUACACCCCGCCCUGCUACACUCCGCCCUGCUACACCACGCCCGGCUACAUCCCGCUACACCCCGCCCAGCUACACCCCGCCCUGCUACACUCCGCCCCGCUACACUCCACCCUGCUACACUCCGCCAAGCUACACCCCGCCCUGCUAUCCCCCGCCCUGCUACACUCCGCCCUGCUACACCCCGCACCGCUAUCCCCCGCCCUGCUACACUCCGCCCAGCUACACCCCGCCCCGCUAUCCCCCGCCCUGCUACACCCCGCCCUGCUAUUCCUCCUGUCUUGCUCUGCUCCAACUUCCCUGA